CUCUCCCUCUCUCUCUCUCAGUGCUUGGGGGCAAUCAAGCGGCGGGGAUGAUGGGAGUCCGGCCGGACAGCCCUGCCAGCCUACCGACGCACCUAAACGCAGCCCAGCACUCCGCUGUGACGGCUCAACUUGUCUGUGUUCCUGCUCCCAGAAUCCACCCAGAGAAACAGUAAAACAAGCAGCUGGAGCCCACGCGGGACUUUAUUGGAAGCGCGCGUCCCUUUGCUUUUUAAUGGUCACACCUGAAAAGGAUAAAAUUCUUUUUCUGUUUUUAAAAAUCUGCUUUCGUGAUUCGGACCAGGGCUCCUUUCAGGAUUAAAGGGAGUAGAUGAAGAGCUGAAGCCGCUCCAGGAGGAUUAAGAAGUUGGGGAGAUGCUGGAGGAAGCGGAGCAGGCGGAGUGAGGGAGCCCGGUGCGCACUUUCUCCUCCCCGGCUGGACUGAAGCGCUACAGUCCGCUCCUCUUUGCGCUGCUGGAGGCGCGCGCAGGGGACACUUGUUCAUUUAUCUCAUCUUCAUCUUCAUCAUCACUUUUGCUGGAUUAACAAAACAGAAGCAAAGAAGAGCUCAGAGAUUUCACUCCACGCACUCCGCGGAGUUCUCCUGUGUGGAUGGGGUUCGAGCGGCGCGGCGGGGAUGGUGUGAAAUAAAGCAGCAGUUUUUUAAACGCAGGAGUUUCACAUCUGGUAUACUGGGCCAGUCAGCAGCAGGAUCAGGAUGAGAAGAUGGCUGGCUGUGUGUUUCCAAUGGGACCAGAGAGCUUUCAGCGCUUCACGCCGGACUCCCUGGCGGCCAUCGAGCAGCGCAUCGCCCAGGAGGAGGCCCGACGCAACAAACACUACCAGGAGGACCUGGGCGACGUGGAGCUCCCCCGGCCCCGGCCCGAUCUGGAGGCAGGAAAACAGCUGCCGCGCAUCUUCGCUGACAUCCCAUCUCAUCUGGUGGGCGUUCCACUGGAAGACAUCGACCCAUACUACUUCAAAGACAAGAGGACUUUCAUAGUCCUGAACAAAGGGAAGGCCAUCUUCCGUUUCAGUGCCACAUCCGCCCUCUACAUCUUCAGCCCCUUCCACCCCAUCCGGAGACUCGCCAUCAAGAUCCUCGUGCACUCGUUAUUCAGCUUGUUCAUCAUGUGCACCAUCCUGACAAACUGUUGCUUCAUGGCCAUGUCUGAGCCGGAGUACUGGGCCAAAUACCUGGAGUACACCUUCACUGGUAUCUACACGUUUGAGUCUCUCAUUAAGAUCCUGGCCAGAGGUUUCUGUGUGGGACCGUUCACCUUCCUGAGGGACCCGUGGAACUGGCUCGACUUCAGCGUCAUUGUCAUGGCAUAUGUGACUGAGUUUGUGGACCUGGGUAAUGUGUCAGCCUUAAGGACGUUCAGGGUGCUGCGAGCGCUCAAAACCAUCUCUGUCAUCCCAGGACUGAAGACCAUCGUUGGGGCUUUAAUCCAGUCGGUGAAGAAGCUCGCUGAUGUGAUGAUCCUCACGGUCUUCUGCCUCAGUGUCUUUGCACUCAUUGGCCUGCAGCUCUUCAUGGGAAAUUUGCGGCAGAAGUGUGUGCGGAGCACGGCACACUGCUUCAAUGACACCUUGCCAGCCAACACCUCCUUCUACUGCAACAACAAGACCUGGGCCUCAAUCAAAGACUUCACUGAAGACGAAGACAACUUCUACAAGGUGGAGGGAGCCAAGGAUGCCUUAAUCUGUGGGAACAGCAGCGACGCAGGAAAGUGUCCGGACGGGUUUGUCUGUCUGAAGGCAGGAAGAAACCCCAACUAUGGCUACACCAGCUUUGACACCUUUGGGUGGGCCUUUCUGUCCCUGUUUCGUCUGAUGACACAAGACUACUGGGAAAACCUCUACCACCAGACGCUGCGUUCGGCCGGUAAGACCUACAUGGUGUUUUUCGUGGUGGUGAUUUUCCUGGGCUCCUUCUACCUGAUCAACCUCAUCUUGGCCGUCGUCGCCAUGGCGUACGAGGAGCAGAACCAGGCGACCAUCGCCGAGGCCUGCCAGAAAGAGCGGGAGUUUCAGCAAGCCAUGGAGAUACUGAAGAAAGAGCAACAGGGUGCCACACAAAAAGCUACCGACUCUGACUCAUUGAUGUCACCAGACCUCUCUCCUUUUGGCCCACCAAUGGACAGCUUUGAGGAGCGAAGGCGGAGCCAGGCGCUGAUGGGCGUGGGGGACGUGGAGGCGAACCUAUCUGAGGAGAAGCUUCUGCAGGUGGACUUGACUGAUGGUGGAAAGCCACUCCACCCACUCCUCGCCCGCUCCUUCUCCACAAGGACGCGGCGAAGCAGUCAGGUCUCCUCCAUCUUCAACUUCCGACUGAGGAGCCGAGGGUCAGAGGGAGAGAUGGCCGAUGACGAGUACAGCGUACCGGGUGACGUGGUGGAGGGCGUCGGGAGUCGAACCUACAGCGGAGGAACCUUCAGCGGCAUCCUGCCCCAACCGUGGCCCAAACGGAGGCCGAGCACCUACAGCACGGCCAGCCGGAGCUCCCAGGUUUUUUAUCCAACUCUAAACAUUAACGGGAAGCUGUUUGUUGCCAUGGACCAGAACGGGGUUUCCCCACCGCCACUGCAGGGGCAGCUGCCUGCUUGCACCAUGGAGAAGGUCAAGGAGGAGAGUGUUCCCACAUCCACCACAGAGCUCAGCACGAUGCUGCUUCCUCGGCCUUCGUCCACGCAGGACUCGGAGCGCCGGGGCAGGGCAAUGAGUGCUGCCAGCUACCUCACUGACGUCAUGGAAGAACUGGAGGAGUCCCAUAAGAAGUGUCACCCCUGCUGGUACACGUUUGCCCACCGUUACCUGGUUUGGGAGUGCUGCCCUAUGUGGCUUAAGGUGAAGCAGCUGGUGAAGAUCAUGGUGAUGGACCCCUUCCUGGACCUCGCCAUCACCGUCUGCAUCGUCCUCAACACGCUCUUCAUGGCCAUGGAGCACUAUCCCAUGACUGACGAGUUCAACGGCAUGCUCACCAUCGGGAACCUGGUGUUCUCCGGGAUCUUCACAGCAGAGAUGGUGUUGAAGAUCAUCGCUCUGGAUCCGUACUACUACUUCCAAACGGGCUGGAACAUCUUCGACAGCAUCAUUGUCUGCCUCAGCCUCAUGGAGCUCGGCCUGUCCGAUGUGGAGGGGCUGAGCGUGUUGCGCUCCUUCAGGCUGCUUCGUGUUUUUAAGCUUGCUCGCUCAUGGCCAACUCUCAACACGCUGAUAAAGAUCAUCGGGAACUCUAUGGGCGCUCUGGGCAACCUGACGCUCGUCCUCGCCAUCAUCGUCUUCAUCUUUGCCGUGGUCGGCAUGCAGCUGUUUGGAAAAAACUACCAGGAAUGUGUGUGCAAGAUCUCCAAGGACUGCACUCUUCCUCGUUGGCACAUGAAGGACUUCUUCCACUCGUUCCUCAUCGUCUUCAGGGUGCUGUGUGGCGAGUGGAUAGAGACCAUGUGGGACUGCAUGGAGGUUGCAGGGCAGCCGCUCUGCAUCCUCGUCUUCAUGCUGGUCAUGGUCAUCGGAAACCUGGUGCUGUUGAACCUCUUCCUGGCUCUGCUCCUUAGCAGUUUCAGCUCUGACAACCUCUCGGCUCCAGACGACGACGGGGAGAUGAACAACCUGCAUAUCGCUAUUCACAGGAUCACCCGAGGCCUGGCGUGGUGCCGCAGACAGGUGGUGGAUUUCUUUAAUGGGAACCUGAAGCGUCGUCGUCAGAAGCGAAAGGAGGCCAAAGCCAUGAUGAAGCUGAAACGCCUCAGUACCAUCCACACGGAGGCCAACGGUGCUGUCAUAGGGCGUCACGUGGAGAAGUACGUGGUGCCGGAGGAUGACAGCUACAUGACGAAUCCCAACCUGACCAUCAGCGUCCCCAUCGCCCCCGGAGAGUCGGACGUAGAGUUCCCAGAGGAGGAAGAGGACGGGGAGGGAGAGGAGGAGCAGACUGAGGGUUCUGAGGAAGAAGAGGAGGAGAGGGAGGAGCCGAAAGACGACAUCAGCCUAUCAGAGGGCAGCACGGUGGACCUGAGGAAGCCUGGAGAGGAAGAGGAUGAGUACUCAGAGAUGGCUGAAGAGGCAAUGGACCCUGACAACUGUUUCCCAGAUAUGUGUGUGGCCAGGUUUCAGUGCUGCGACAUCGACACCACAGCAGGACUCGGACAGAUGUGGUGGAGGACGAGGAAGACCUGUUACCAGAUCGUAGAGCACAGCUGGUUCGAGACCUUCAUCAUCUUCAUGAUCCUCCUCAGCUCCGGAGCGCUGGCUUUUGAGGACAUCUACAUCGAGCAGAGGAGGGUGAUCAAAGUGGUGCUGGAGUACGCCGACAAGAUCUUCACCUACAUCUUCAUCCUGGAGAUGAUGCUCAAGUGGCUCGCCUACGGCUUUAAGAAGUACUUCACCAACUACUGGUGCUGGCUGGACUUCCUCAUCGUUGAUAUCUCAGUGUUGGGUCUGAUGGCUCAGUACAUCUCAGUGGACCACAUCACCACCAUGCGUGUGCUGAGGACAUUAAGAGCUCUUCGUCCUCUCCGGGCUGUGUCCCGCUUCGCUGGUAUCAGGGUGGUGGUCAACGCUCUGAUCGGCGCGAUUCCCUCCAUCAUGAACGUGCUGCUGGUCUGUCUCAUCUUCUGGCUCAUCUUCAGCAUCAUGGGCGUCAACCUUUUUGCCGGGAAGUUUGGCCGCUGCGUCAACAGCACGGGCCAAGUCUACGACGCUUCUGCGAUCAACAAUAAGUCGCAGUGCGAGACCUACAACGACACCUCGACGCACUACUGGAGCAAAGUCAAGGUCAACUUUGACAACGUGGGUGCUGGGUACCUGGCCCUGCUACAAGUGGCAACAUUCAAAGGCUGGAUGGAUAUCAUGUACGCAGCGGUGGACUCGAGAGCUGUGGAGGAGCAGCCUAUCAAGGAGAUCAAUCUGUAUAUGUACCUGUACUUCGUCAUCUUCAUCAUCUUCGGCUCCUUCUUCACCCUCAACCUGUUCAUCGGUGUCAUCAUCGACAACUUCAACCAGCAGAAGAGAAAGUUAGGAGGACAGGACAUCUUCAUGACAGAGGAGCAGAAGAAGUAUUACAACGCCAUGAAGAAACUCGGCUCCAAAAAACCUCAGAAGCCCAUCCCCAGACCAAUGAACGCUCUGCAGGGCUUCUUCUUUGACCUGGUCGGAAAGCAAGCGUUCGACAUCAUCAUCAUGGUGCUGAUCCUCUUCAACAUGAUCACCAUGAUGGUGGAGACGGACGAGCAGCCGCCUCAGAUGGAGAAAAUCCUGAACAACAUCAACCUGGCCUUCAUCAUCAUCUUCACCGCCGAAUGCCUGAUCAAGAUCAUGGCGCUGCGUUGCUACUUCUUCACUGUUGGCUGGAACAUCUUCGACUUUGUGGUGGUCAUUCUCUCCAUCGUGGGGAUCGUGCUUGCUGAUAUCAUUGAAAAGUACUUUGUGUCACCCACACUGUUCAGAGUGAUCCGACUGGCUCGUAUUGGACGAAUUCUGCGCCUCAUCAGAGGCGCUAAAGGCAUCCGGACGUUACUGUUUGCCCUCAUGAUGUCCCUUCCUGCUCUCUUUAACAUUGGACUACUCCUGUUCCUUGUCAUGUUCAUCUAUGCCAUCUUUGGUAUGGCCAACUUUGCCUACGUGAAACGGCAGGGGGGGAUUGAUGACAUGUUUAACUUUGAGACGUUUGGGAACAGCAUGAUCUGCUUGUUUCAGAUCACCACCUCUGCAGGAUGGGACAGCCUUCUCAGCCCCAUUCUCAACAACUCCCCUGAGGAGUGCGAUGCCAACAUCCCCCACACUGGCACCACCGUCAGGGGGAACUGUGGGAACCCAUCAGUGGGCAUCACCUUCUUUGUCACCUACAUUAUCAUCUCCUUUCUCAUCGUGGUAAACAUGUAUAUCGCCAUUAUCCUGGAGAACUUCAGUGUUGCCACUGAGGAAAGCACUGAACCCCUCAGUGAAGACGACUUUGAGAUGUUCUAUGAGGUCUGGGAGAAGUUCGACCCGGAGGCCACGCAGUUUAUCGAGUACUCCAAGCUGUCCGACUUUGCUGACUCGCUGCUAGAGCCGCUGCGCAUCGCCAAGCCUAACAAGAUCAAACUGAUCUCCAUGGACCUGCCCAUGGUCAGUGGAGACAAAAUCCACUGCCUGGACAUCCUGUUUGCCUUUACCAAGCGUGUCCUGGGCGAGUCAGGAGAGAUGGAUGCCCUCAAGCAGCAGAUGGAGGAGAAGUUCAUGAUGGCGAACCCGUCCAAGAUCUCUUAUGAACCCAUCACAACAACUUUGAGGCGCAAGCAGGAAGAAGUCUCUGCCACCAUCAUUCAGAGGUGUUACCGCAGACACCUGGUGAGGCGACAGCUGAAGGCCGCCUCCUACAUGUACCGCCAGAUUACCACACCUCGGCAUGCGGGAGGUGAAGGUGAACAAGGAGGUGAAGUAGUGUUUGGGGAGGAUGCGCCUGAGAAAGAAGGGCUGAUUGCUACCAUGAUGAGGGAAAACUACGGCUCAAGCAUGUUAGGGAUCGAGCGCUCAGAGACGAUUUCCUCCACCUCAUCUCCACCUUCAUAUGACAGCGUGACACGGGCCACAUCCGAGAUCUUUCAACCGCUCGCUGUCAAGACAGAAACUGUUGCCGACACUGCGGGCAGCGAACAAAGUGAACAAUCGCAGUCAGAAAUCGCCCACGACAGACAGCAGGAAACGACGCCAUAGCAGGAACAGAAAAGCAAAAAAAUUAUUAACAAAUGAGGAUUUUCUCAUUUGAGGUUGGCCUGUUUAUUCUUUUGUUUACUGAAUGUACCAUAGCUGAGAACGCUGAAGCGGCAGCAGAAAGAAGCUAUGAAGAACUACGAGGAGCCUGCAACAUGGAAGAAUUACUACCUUUAACGUCAUUUCCUGUUCCCUGGAGAAAUUCCUGGACUGAGAAACAAGUGUUUUGGGAGUUUCCUGCAGAGAAGCAAAACAACUGCAAAACAGAGAGAGUAACCCUGUCUGUCAGGUCAACUCUGCCUUUGUUGGAGUAAUAGACAGUAAAGGAAAACCUCCUCUUGGGUCAACCAGAACCGGGAGUUCGGAACAAUGACUGACCUUUCACCAAAGCUACAGGUGGUAAUAGGGGUCAGAGCAACUAUAUCACAAAUGUAUCCAUCAUUUUUUGGCCUGGGGAGUUUGUGCCUUCCCACAGUUGAUCAAUAUUCUCAGAGUAUGUUUGGUUGUAAGAGUGACGGCGGUGUUUCUCGACACGUUAAGGGUCGAUGGCGUUCUGACUGACACUCGAGAGAGUAGGGAAAAUAAUGACAACGUGAUUUCAAAACAAUGUUUUCGUAGUAAAAGUACGUUGUUGAUGUUACCAGUCUUUUAAUAGCGGUACAAUUAUUACUAUUUUUUAUAUUUUUUAGAGUAAGUUGAAGAAAACCAAUUAGCAGUCUCUCUUUUGACUUCGGAGUGGCACUAGCUAUGAAAAAGUGGCUGAACUACCAUGUUGUAAUAGAUGAGAGGAGAAGGUGUGAAAAAAAAAUCUCAAAAACCUGAAUCUUCAUCUGUUUUUGUUGGCAGUUUUGCACUUUUUGAGUUUACACCUGCUCUCGCUUUACUACACCUGGGCGAAGGCACAGUGUAGAAGAGCCUGGGAUUUCAUUAUUUUUCUUCUCAAAACUUUUUGCGAUAACACCAAAAAAAAUGACACAAGUGCACAAUGAGAUUUUCUACACGUUCCCAAACUCUUCUAACACGUGUCUUUGCCCAGUGGUGGAUGCCCUCAUACAGUUUGUUGGCUUGUGGGUGAUUUGUCUAAAAGUCAUGUUAGAUAUUCUGGCUUCACUUCCCAAUAACCUGAAGCAGAAGAGUCCUACUUCUGCACUGUCACCACACUGAGUGGGGAGAAAAAUGAAGCUUACUGGCUUUCAUUGAUUGAGGAUGCAUGAUUUAGGAAGAAGUUUUAUAGAAUGCUUUGAAAAACACCUGCCUGGGUGGAAGGAAAAUAAGAGGCUUGUCAACUGUAGUGUUAUUCUCCUAUGCCAAAAAUAGUCAAGACUGCAGGUGAAUUUAUUCUUUUUUUAUAUUGUUCAGUUUAGUAAAAGCAUCAGACUGCUGGUUUAACACUAGCCUAGCACAAAUUCAAAAUAGGUUUAAGCAUGCAGCAAACCACCAGUCUUUGCUUUUUAAAAACUGAACAAAGACGUGAUAAUAAUAAUGAUGAUAAUAAUGAUAGUUGUAGAUUUUAUAUAGCUUUUUCCUAACAAUGUUACAAAGCGCUUCAUAGAAAGAAUCAAAAAACAAAAUAAAAACAUCAGAACAAAGAGGUAAACAAAAAAAACUACAAAAAUGACCACAGGUCAGAAGCAAAAGAUCAAUUCAAAAGGAAGUAAGACAGCAAUAACAAGCGCAGAACACUGAUAUUCAUGCAGGACACCUGUUAGGCUCUUUUAAUGCCAUGAAUGCCUCCUUUCUCUUUUUUCUCUUCUUUUCCUGAGGGCAUUUGAUGUCUCUGUACAAACUGAACAUUGUCAACUUUUAUGACAAAUCACCCGCUGUCAUUCAGCAUCCGUCUGGUCUGAGUUCGGCUUGGCACAACCAGGCUUUAAGGUCCUGGUGGUGUCAGCCAGCUCUGACAACAGAGCGACAAUCAGCUCAGCACAUCUGCAUCAGGAUUUCUCCCCAUUUGGUUUCACGAAAAGCUAAAAAGGUCACGUUGACUUUCGUGUUUGACCGUCAUCAGUGUCCUGGAACAACCUUAUCUUGAAAAUUCAACAGCAAUAUGACAAUGCUGAAGAAACCAGAGACUGCACAAAAGGCACUGAAACUCUGUUACUUUGCCUAAAUUUUAGUAUUUUGUUUCCUGACUAGCUGUCAGUGUGACAGAAGUAUGAGUACUCUUGGUACUGUCAAUGAAUAACACAAGAGGUUGCACGCCUCCCUGCAGAGAUACAUUUCAUGUAAAUGAGGCUCAGUAAUUCACAGACAUUUUGCUUCCCAUUAAUCAAAUUUUAUUGGAAUUUGGUUGCAAUUCAGUCAGAGAUCCAGAAGGGGGCGCUGGCAAGACUGUCUUUAGUGAAAAGGGGUGAAUGGAGGUAAACAGCUAAGUUAAUGACUUCCACCUGCUUCCAAUUAAAAACAUCUAUAUUACUUUUCAUAAAUCCAGCAUCAACAGAGUGUCUGAAAUUCAACAAAACAACACUUAUGUUCGGUUUUUCUCACAGUGAAGCUGGUUUUACACAUGAAACACUAGCAUGCUGAUAAUGGGUGCUGAUUAUUUGGUUAAGCAAUUGGGAUGGAAUGUUCUCCCGCCAUGGCUGCAGAAACCCCGUCAGAGGUUCCCAUGUCGUGAAGUCAUGAAUCUCUAAUAAUCACAGAGAGAGAGAGAUUCUACUACAAUAGAAACCUGUAAAAAAAGAAAAAAAAAGAAAAAUCGAACUGCACUCAUUGUCUUGAGCCCUUCUACCGAAAAAACAUGGAAACUUCAGGAAGAACAUUUUUUCCUUGAAAAAUUUCCAUUUUUGUUUUACUGUCCAAUUCACUCUGGAUGAGCUCAACAGCGGCCCCUAUAGAACUGGAAGACCAAAGAGCUCUCUAUGGUGCUGGAAGUUCAGCUGCCAAAAUAUAUGAACUAUUUACAACUUCAGAUUUAUCCAUAAUCCACAAAAUAACAUCUUUCAUUUUUUUAUCCCAGUUGUUCAAAGAUGAUACAUUUCAGGUUUAUCCAGGACACUGAAAGCUUUUCUGCUUCAUUUUUUCUCCAAAUGAUCUGAAGCGUUUCAUUUCAAUGUGAGGAGAUAAACCGGUGAAUUCUGACUCCUACGUGGAGAUAAUUUAUAGGUUUCGUUUUUACUGAAAAUAUCAGAUGUCAUUUUUUUCCCCCAAUGAUUGAAAAAUCAACUCUUCAAAACCAAAACACAGCUUCGUUUAUUUAUUUAUUUAUUUAUUCAUCGACCUUUUUUGGAAGAUUUUCAGGUCAAUUGCUUUAUUUUUAUUUUAUUUAUCUUUUUUAUGAUAAUUAUUUUUGCACGUUCUGGCAGGAGGAGGAGAGGAGGUCGAGCGAGACGGCUCUUUAUCUAUUUUGCACAGAGAAACAAAAAAAAACUAACAAAACAAACACAAACCGCGUCGAGCAAUAACGGUUUGCAGAUACCUUCUAAGUGAAUUCUUGGGUAACACAUGACUUUACAGACGCUUUUUCUCACUGUAUGUGUCUGUGGAUUAAAGGGAAAAAUCCCACGCUAACACUUUGAGCAUUUGGUGGAAUCUGAUUAGCCGGAUGCAGCACUGACGGCGUUACUGUGGAUUUAUAGUCACACGGGUCCAUACAGUGGCACAAAGCCGACGUGAAGCAGCGUUACCGCUUGUUUUUAUUAAGACGAAGUGUCAAAGUGUACAGCAUUUGUUCAGUCUGCUUCAAUAUUUCAAACAACCUCUCUCUGUCUCUGUCGUUGUGGUCACCCGAGGGAUCUUUACUAAAUGCUUUACUAGACUAAUUUUAAAAAGGAAAAAAGUUAAAAAAAAAACAAUUUUACUGGCACCGUCUGGACUCUAUUUCUACUAGAUUCUAUUGAGAAUAGAUAACGAUAUAAACUAGGUAAAUAUUAAUACACUGCUGAACUCUGCUGCGAGGCGUAUUUCAGGUUGCAGUUGUGCUGAAGGGCUGUUUUCAGUAGCAAUAGACCCAGAGUGUGCCUGCUACAUAUGAACCCCAACACUCCAAGCCAUGCUUUACCAUUGGUUGACUGAUAAUAUGCUUGAUUGAUUGAUGAGCCAGUUGAUUUUUCUGAUUUCUUGACUGGUUCCAUGUUUGGUUGGUUGAUGAAUUGAUUCUUAUGGUUUUUGAUCAUUAACACAGUCUCCACAGUCCCCUCCCCUCCAUCACCGCUGUGACUCUUCCUCAUAACUUUAUCGAACAAACAGCACAGAGAGCUAACAGGCUGACGUCACUUUUAAACUGUCAAAAAGGUCCAGAUUCACUAACGUCUGCAGGAAAAAGGUGCAGUUUUGUCAGGAGAGCACAUGCUGGCAUGUAAUUCCAUACUGAGAUGUUAAAAUGGAGACAGCUGAAUAAGAAAACAUCCAGCUGUUUAAUUCCCAUAAACUGCAUAUAAAACAUGAACAUAGCUGCCAUGAAAUCCCUUACUGGCUUGCCAAGUCUCAUUUUUCAAGUUUCAAGCAGGAAGGCUUUUUUGAAAUGUCAUGAUGCAGGCAAGCAGGAUUAGGCCCUCGCCAAUCUGUAUGCUGAUCUGUCUGUUUCACUCUAAUAGAGCCAUAAUUUUCUAAAUGAACACCAUGUUUUGUUCAAUAAGCGACUGAGAGAAUAAAUUCAUCAGGAAACUUGAAAGUUGCCGCACCCUGUGAUUGCUUUGGUUGCUAGCAGAUUGCUCAUAUUUUGCAUGGAAUACGUCAAUAUGUCCACUAACACUUGCAAGCUACUCACGAGCAGUAAUGAAACCAAGACUGGGAACUCGUGGCCAUCUUCUAGCAACCAAAGCAAUCGCAGUAAAGUUUUCAGUCCAGCAGCGUAUACCUCUUUGAAAUUGAGUUCACCUGGAGAUGUUAGGUGAACUCAGUGCAAAAGAAUGCACAUUUUCCUGUAGCAACCUGGCUGUCUCUGACAGCAAACAUUAUGUUACUAAAGCAAACUCUGAUUUUCUAACAGGACUAUUAAUUAUAAAAUGAAGAUCAUGUUUUAAUCUGUAAGACUUAAAACUGGCAACUGUGAUCAUAAAGGAUAAGUAAACCGUUUACUGAGCUCAUAGAUCAAAUUUCCAGUCGACCUGUACACCCACUACCAAAUUUGGAACAAAGACAGCUUCACUAGAACUUUAAAAGAGGAAGGGGAUUUUCUUUUAGAGCUGGCUUGAACCCUUUCAGAGGACCAGAAAGAAAUACAGAAUUUCUUCAGAGUGUUUCCAUGUCAGUAAAGAUAUCAGCAAAGGGCUUUUGUAGAACAGUUAUCAAAUUAAAGGCUCAGUUAUUGGCAUUAGUCUACUUAGAUUUCAAACUCAUGAACUCUUGAAUCCCGUUUUCAAAGAUUGUUUAAAUCCUUCCAAAAUUACCAACAGAAUUCAUGUAAAACAUCAAUACUGUGCUUGAGAGAUAUGAUAAAGUUGAGCUGUCUUUGUAUUGAGUCAGUGUAGCCUUUAUUUAACCAGGUGAAUCACUCAAAGCAUAUUCGUAUUUACAAGGACAGCCUGGGGAUGGCAAAGCCUCAAGAGUUUACAAGAAACAUACUCUAGUUGUUACCACUGAUGAUGGACAUUUCAGUUCAAGUUUACAAAGGUAAUUAGAAAUAGUUUAUUUAAAACUUUCCACAUGAUCAUUAAAAUGGACACAACAGGAUUCAUGAGUAAAA